GGGAUGGGGACUGCGGCGGCGGCAGCGGCUGCGGCCGGGGAGGGGGCGCGGAGCCCGAGCCCCGCCGCCGUGUCGCUCGGCCUGGGCGUGGCGGUGGUGUCAAGCCUGGUGAACGGCUCCACGUUCGUGCUGCAGAAGAAGGGCAUCGUGCGCGCCAAGCGGCGGGGGACCUCGUACCUGACUGACAUUGUGUGGUGGGCGGGCACCAUUGCAAUGGCUGUCGGCCAGAUUGGAAACUUCCUGGCGUACACGGCCGUCCCCACUGUGUUGGUGACACCCCUAGGUGCCCUUGGAGUGCCAUUUGGGUCCAUUUUAGCCUCUUACCUCCUGAAGGAGAAGCUGAAUAUCUUGGGAAAGUUGGGGUGUCUACUCAGCUGUGCAGGCUCCGUGGUGUUGAUCAUCCACUCCCCGAAAGCUGAGAGUGUGACGACUCAGGCCGAGCUGGAGGAGAAGCUAACCAACCCAGUGUUCGUGGGCUACCUGUGCAUCGUGCUCCUCAUGCUGCUUCUGCUCAUCUUCUGGAUCGCACCAGCUCACGGGCCCACCAACAUCAUGGUGUACAUCAGUAUUUGCUCGCUGCUGGGCAGUUUCACCGUGCCUUCCACCAAGGGCAUCGGGCUGGCGGCCCAAGACAUCCUGCACGACAACCCGUCCAGCCAGCGCGCCCUCUGCCUGUGCCUGGUGCUCCUGGCCGUGCUGGGCUGCAGCAUCAUCAUCCAGUUCAGGUACAUCAACAAGGCGCUCGAGUGCUUCGACUCGUCCGUGUUCGGCGCCAUCUACUACGUGGUGUUCACCACGCUGGUCCUGCUGGCUUCCGCCAUCCUCUUCCGGGAGUGGAGCAAUGUAGGCCUGGUGGACUUCCUGGGAAUGGCCUGCGGGUUCACCACUGUCUCGGUGGGCAUCGUCCUCAUACAGGUGUUCAAGGAGUUCAAUUUCAACCUCGGCGAGAUGAACAAGUCAAAUAUGAAAACAGACUAGGGUGUGGGGCGAGGCCGCGGGCGAGGGGGGACUUGAGGAGCAAGAGAUGGAUGUGGGGUCUGAUCCUCAUUUGGUUGGAAGUGCAAGGAAUUCGAAAUGUGGUACUGACAGUGCCUGUACGGGGCAGGUGGGCGUGGUCAGUCCCAGGCCGGGGCCGGGCACUGGAGUUCUCUCUCCCCCGAGAGUCUCUGAGGAGGGGGAGUUCUUUCAUUCCUGUGGAAGCUCUCAUUAAUUCUCUUUCCUUUCAAAACAUUUUAGCAUCGGAACGGAGACUGUAGCCAGGCUCUCUCUGGUUAAGUUGGGCAGGGGUUCCCAUCUUCCUUGAAUGGCGACUUUGGAAAAGUGAGCGUGUCCUAAUCGUGCUAGUUUGCAUCACGUGUGAUCACAUUCGGAUACAGCAUCCAAAUAAGAGGCAAUACGCACUCAGUGGUUUCUCGCCCUCUGACAGCUCUGCCACACCCCCUGCCCCCAGCUCCGAGGUAUUUUAAUUCCAAGCAGAGUGAGAGGAGGGAAGGGACUGACUGGAAGUGGCCUUCGCUUUGCAGAAUGACUGUUCAGUAGCUCAAAGCAACUCCAGUGCCUUUAUCACUUGAACUAUUCACUUACUUUGACUAUUACCGUGCGUGUGUUCUCUUAGAGUAAUGCAGCCUCCCUCAGCUUUGCUUUGAUAUUUCACUCUUGGACACAUAAAGCGGUAAGAAAGAUUAUGUUCAUCUGUUGGGGGAUGACCAAGACCACAGGGGCAAUAGAGCAAACCAAUACUUGUAGCAUGUGUAGUCCAACUGGAAACAAUUGAUUUCAGUAGCAUGAGUAUGAGUAUUUUAUUCACAUUCGAUCUGUGUAACUGGGAUCCAGUAUCAGAUAUUUCCACAUCUCCUUCCACAAGCCUUGUGACCACUCUGAAGACACAGCUUCUUUACCUUGAUAAUGAGCCAGUUAAAUUUUAUAUACAUAUAUAUAGAGAGAGUCCCCUAAAACGCAGGGACAAAUCAAAAGGUACAGGCAAACUCAGGCGCGUCUCAACUCUGUGUUUUGGAAACACAUCAGGAGUUUUCAGAGGAAUUCAUAGCCAAACUGAAAACAAUGACUUGAAUCUCUUCCUGCUCUUUUGAACUGGUAGAGACUCCAUCAUAGUAGAACUUCCAAAACGCAAAGCCACCACUCAUUGUGCCAGUAUGUGGAGGGAAGCAGGCACUGGCUGUCUGCGUGCAGUAAUUCUUCA